AUGAUCCGUAUAUCUACAAUCUGCCUUCUACUAUGCUCCAUCGUAACGUUGUCUCUUGGAAAAGGUCUUGAAUGCGCUGUGUGUCAACAAUUCGUGACAGGUCUCGAUAAAGAAGAGCUCAAAGAGGACAAAGAUUUGAAGAAGAAGGCUGAACAUGACUGUAGACUGAUUCUCGAUAUGCCCGUAAUUGACGACUACUGUAUCAAACUGGUCGACAAGGAAUUCGACAACAUCGCCCAAAUGAUUCUCAAUGACGAAAAACCAGAUGUCAUCUGCAAAAAGAUCGAUAUGUGUUAA